UACCUUAAAUAGAGCGAGAAAAAUCCAAGUAGUAUCUGAGAUCGCCAUGAACACCAUUCCUUUUCUCAGCCCACUCCUCGUCGCCGUCUCCCUGAUCGUCGCCGGCGCCGGUGCCGGAGACGAGACGACGACGUGCCCCGGCGCGCCGUCGAUGACGGUGGAGUCGGCGUGCCGCAACGUGAGCCACACGCAGGCGAUGUACGACGCGUGCAAGGGCGCGCUCGCCGGCGUCCCGAACCCGAUGAGCGACCACGACGCCACCGUCUACGCGCUCGCCGCGGCGCGCGGCGCGAUGGCGUCGGCGGACGCCACCGUGGUGGCCGCCAACGAGCGGGUCACGUACAACGGGUCGCUCUCCGGCGAGGAGAAGGGCGCGUACGAGGGGUGCGUGGAGGCGUACGCGGCGGCCGAGCACGCCAUGGGCGCCGUCCUGAACAAGCUCGGCGCCUGCAGCUUCGGCGGCGGCCUCGCCGACGACUACAUGAGCGGCCUCCUCGCCGUCGAGAGCUGCAGGGACCGCGUGAUCAAGCUGCCGGCGUCGCCGUUGUACGCCAUGGUUCUCGUUGACCGCAACAAGGUGGGGCUAGCGUUGUUCCUCGGUAAAUUGUUGGGCAUAUGACUUGAUUAAUACUACUAUGUGGUAACUAAUAAAUAAUUAUAAUAAGCAUGUAGUUAACCGAAUGGUUAGCUAAUACUCCCUCCGUUCUCAA